GCAGCGCGCAAUUCCUGUGCGUCGCUCUAGUGACGCAGAGCGGCGCCUUCACUGUGUCGGGGUGAAUUCAGAGCUGGCGAUGCUUAAAUUUGAUUUUUCAGUUAUUUUAAUAGUUUAAUCUGUGAAUGGCGCCAAAACAGGACCCUAAGCCUAAAUUUCAAGAAGGUGAACGAGUUCUGUGUUUUCAUGGGCCAUUGCUCUACGAAGCUAAGUGUGUAAAGGUUAAUAUCAAGGACAAGCAAGUGAAGUACUUCAUUCAUUACAGCGGAUGGAAUAAAAAUUGGGAUGAAUGGGUUCCUGAGAGCAGAGUGCUCAAAUAUGUGGACACGAAUCUACAGAAACAAAAGGAGCUUCAAAAGGCUAAUCAGGAACAAUAUGCAGAGGGAAAGAUGAGGGGUGUAGCGCCGAGCAAGAAGAUUGCUGCUGUGCAGCAAAAAAAUGUUGAAUUGAAAACCAAAAAGAACAAGCAGAAAACACCAGGAGCUGGCGAAGGGACCAGCUCUGGGGAGAUGCCUCAGCCCCCCAGAAAGAAGAGGGCACGUGUCGACCCUACAGUUGAGAGCGAAGAAACGUUUAUAAACCGAGUGGAGGUGAAGGUGAAGAUCCCAGAGGAGCUGAAGCCCUGGCUGGUGGAUGACUGGGACCUGAUCACCCGACAGAAACAGCUUUUUCACCUGCCUGCUAAAAAGAAUGUUGAUUCUGUCUUGGAAGACUAUGCAAAUUAUAAGAAAUCAAGAGGAAACUCUGACAAUAAUAGGGAGUACGCAGUCAACGAAGUGGUGGCUGGGAUCCGGGAAUACUUCAACGUGAUGCUGGGCACUCAGUUGCUAUACAAGUUUGAAAGGCCGCAGUAUGCAGAGAUACUGGCCGACCACCCCGAUGCACCCAUGUCGCAGGUCUACGGAGCACCGCACCUUUUAAGGCUUUUUGUGCGAAUUGGAGCAAUGCUGGCCUAUACACCCCUUGAUGAAAAGAGUCUAGCUCUGCUUCUGAACUACCUGCAAGAUUUCUUAAAGUAUCUAGUGAAGAAUGGCUCUGCUCUAUUUAGUGCCAGUGACUAUGAAGUAGCUCCUCCAGAAUACCACAGGAAAGCGGUUUGAUCCUGUCUGAUCAUGAUGGUUUUUUGAGGAUCUUUGUUGUGGAUGCAAGUACAUAUGUUUCUCACCUCCAGUGUUUUCUAGACCACAGGUAAUGGUUUUGACCUUUGAAAACACCUUCACGGAGGAAAAAGACAUUAAAUCAAGGUCGGGCACUGGCCUAGAAGAGUGUGCUGGAUAGUGUGACAUAACUUCAGUGAUGUGCAGACCUCCAGUGUGUCCGCUGAUGGCUGUUGCAAGGUUUGGCCGACUAAUGGAAAUUGGCAUUUUCUGUCACUAUUAGUUGGACUAUUUACACGUCCACCUCGUAAAAUUUCACACCGUUAUCUUGGAAAUGUAUCAUUUACUGCUGUUCUGAAACCAGCAAAGAACUUUGUCUAUUUCUUUCAUACACUUUUCGCUCAUAAAAGUGUGGUGCGAAACCAAGGACUUCACCGUGAUACAAUUAAAAGGGAUUUUUAUCAAGACACCAGAUACACUUUUUGAUGACAGUUGUGAUACUGUAUAUAAUAAAACAUUGAUACUUGUUUCUCAUGUGUAAGUUCUGCUUCAUGUCAGUUUUGUGUUUAGUGUGUGAUUGGUUUCAAAGGCUCUGCUUCUCUGAUUUUUGGGCAUAGUGAAAAAGGACUAAGGAACUUUGGUCAAAACCCCAAAUCCUGAGGCUGGCCUCGCCAUUGGCUACUCCCGUAUAAGGACUGCUGUCAUACGUCUCCUUCUCUUCCCCGUUUCUGUCUUUCCUUUGUCCCCCUCUAGAAAGACUAAACUGGUUGGGAUGUGAGUCAGAACAAGGCUGAGGCGGAGGGGACUGUUUGUCAAUUCUUGUUUUUCUGAUCACUCCAAACAUGCCCACCAUGGCAGAUGCACUGUCUAUUGUGUUUCUUUUCUUCCUCUUCAGUCCCAACCAGCUCAAUUAACACGUGAUCUGUAGAAGGUUGCUAAAACGUUACUUACCAGGGAGUGUAACCAGAGAGUAUUAUUAUGAUUAAGUUCAUUUUUUCCCAGUGUUGUCAUAACACCUUUUCAAGUGUGAGCACUGCAAUGUCUGAUUCAAACUCAGUAAUUCUACUUGGCAUUUCCAGAUGAUAUUCUGCAGUUCAUCACUUAUGUCAAAGCAUUCCCUGUUCUAUUAAUUGAAAAUACUUUGCCAUCUAUACUAAACUCUGGUUCAGACCUGCUGUUGAGAAUAGAGAUCACUCACUGGCUAAAUACCCAAGUUUUAAUUUUUCAGUUACUUAAGGUAAAUAUCAGUUAAUAAGGUGGCUGUUUACUCUAUAAAGAAUAAACAAGUUCAACAGUAGUGUGCUUCUUUUCCAGCAAAAGAUGAAAAAAGACCCUGUUAUGAUUUUUAAAUUGAUUUAAAAUCUACUUAAAGGACUACAUGGCAAUGGUACUGUCAUUUAUGGCACUGACACCCAUUUCAGUCUGCAUUAAUGCUGAGUUAAGUGUUAGGCUGUAAAGCUUUGUACUGUGUAAAUGGUGGAUGUAAAGGAAAUUUCAAGAAGAACUUUCAUGAGGUGCUGUAAUACUAUGUUGCAAAGCUGUUUGUAUCUAAAUGUUUUUUAAAAUAUGUUCUUUGUAAAUGUUUUCUUUGUUCCAAAGUCUGUUUUGACUUUGGUUAGGACUGAAACUUGUUAUAAUUGAUUUCUUCACAGCAUUUUUCUUUCUUGUAUAUAAACAUUGUAAAUAAACUUUCACCUGAAUGCUUAAA